AUGAUUACUUAUCUUUUAUAUUCAGUUCUCUUUUUUAUCAUUGUCCUUUCUUUUCUUUUCUUGACACAAAUACGAUUUCACACACCGUCCGGCUGUAACAGAGAUAUACACUUUUUUCCUCUCUCUGUUUUCCUUUUUUCUUUCUUUCUUUCUUCUUCUGUAUACAGUUCAGUUCCCGAACCCGACUCACUGCAACAGGGAUAUACACUUUCUUCCUCUCUUUGGUUUUCUUCUUUCUUUCUUUUUCUUUCUUUCUUUCUUUCUUUCUUUCUUUCUUUCUUUCUUUCUUUCUUUCUUUCUUCUUCUUUACACAAUUCAGCUUGCAACAGAGAUAUACACUUUCUUCCUCUCUGGUUUUCCUUUUUCUUUCUUUCUUCUUUACACAAUUCAACUUGUAACAAAGGUAUAUACUUUCUUCCUCUCUGGUUUUCCUUUUUGUUUUUCUUUACACAGUUCAGCUUGUAA